AUGGCUAAAGUCGACGCCUUGAUCACGUUUACCCUGAUGGGUUUGUUGUUCGUUGUCGCCGUUGUCGAAGGCGGGUCGCCAGUGGGGAAACCGGGGUACAGGAUCCACACUUUGUUCUCCGUAGAGUGCCAGAACUAUUUUGAUUGGCAGACGGUGGGACUAAUGCACAGUUUCAGAAAGGCCCGGCAACCGGGACCCAUAACACGACUCCUGAGCUGCACUGAUGAGGAGAAGAAGAGUUACAGAGGGAUGCAUUUGGCGCCCACUUUCCAAGUCCCUUCCAUGAGUCGACACCCCAAAACUGGUGACUGGUACCCAGCAAUUAACAAACCUGCUGGAGUUGUACAUUGGCUUAACCACAGCGAGGAAGCUAAGCAUGUGGAUUGGGUGGUGAUUUUAGAUGCAGACAUGAUCAUUCGAGGGCCGAUUAUACCCACAGAGCUCGGUGCUGAGAGAGGAAGGCCAGUGUCUGCAUAUUAUGGAUACUUGGUUGGAUGUGACAAUAUACUAGCCAAAAUCCACACAAAGCAUCCAGAACUCUGCGACAAGGUUGGUGGGCUUUUAGCUAUGCACAUAGAUGAUCUUCGUGCAUUAGCACCAAAGUGGCUUGCUAAGACAGAAGAAGUGCGUGAAGAUAAGGCUCACUGGAGCACGAAUAUUACCGGUGACAUCUAUGGGAAAGGAUGGAUAAGUGAGAUGUAUGGCUACUCAUUUGGUGCUGCUGAAGUUGGACUUCGGCAUAAGAUCAAUGACGACUUGAUGAUCUAUCCUGGAUAUAUUCCACGCCCCGGUGUCGAGCCAAUCCUGUUUCACUAUGGCUUGCCAUUUACUGUGGGGAAUUGGUCAUUUAGUAAACUGCAGCAUCAUGAAGAUGAUAUCGUUUAUAGAUGCGGCGAGCUCUUUCCUGAACCUCCAUAUCCCAGAGAGGUACAUGAACAGAGUAAUGACAAGGUCUAUACUAUGGAAUCUGAGCCGAAUAAGCGACGGGCAUUGCUUCUGAGCGUAGAGUGCAUGAACACUUUGAAUGAAGGGCUUGUAUUAAGGCAUGCUGCAGAUGGAUGCCCGAAGCCAAAAUGGUCAAAGUACUUGAGCUUCUUAAAGAGUAAAACUUUUGCUAAUCUUAGUCGUCCCAAAAUUUUCUCUCCUGGUGUACAGAAAACUAUGGAAGCCGGUGAAGAUCAGCAGCCACUCUUUGGUGAAACUAUGAAACCACAUCCAAAGAUCCACACAGUUUUUUCGACAGAAUGUUCACCCUACUUUGACUGGCAAACUGUAGGUCUUAUCCACAGUUUCCAUCUCAGUGGCCAGCCUGGAAACAUAACACGACUUCUCAGCUGUACUGAUGAAGACCUUAAGCAAUAUAAAGGUCAUGAUUUGGCUCCUACUCACUAUGUUCCUUCCAUGAGCCGGCAUCCACUAACCGGUGACUGGUAUCCCGCAAUCAACAAACCUGCUGGUGUCCUUCAUUGGCUUAAUCACAUGGGCGACAUUGAUGCUGAGUACAUAGUUAUUCUUGAUGCUGACAUGAUUUUGAGAGGUCCAAUUACACCGUGGGAAUUCAAUGCAUCUCGUGGCCACCCAGUUUCCACUCCUUAUGAGUACUUGAUUGGCUGCGACAAUGAGCUUGCGGAAAUGCAUACGAGCCAUCCUGAAUACUGUGACAAGGUUGGGGGUGUAAUCAUCAUGCAUAUUGAUGACCUCAGGAAGUUCGCUAUGUACUGGCUACUUAAGACGGAGGAGGUUCGUUUCGAUAAAGAGCAUUAUGCCACAAAUCUUACUGGAGAUAUAUACUCAUCUGGCUGGAUCAGUGAGAUGUAUGGCUACUCCUUUGGUGCAGCAGAGCUAAAACUACGCCAUGUAGUGAGCCGGGAGAUACUGAUAUACCCGGGAUAUGUCCCCGAGCAAGGUGUGAAGUACAGAGUGUUCCAUUACGGUCUAGAAUUCAGUGUCGGAAACUGGAGCUUCGACAAGGCCAACUGGAGAGACAAAGACAUCGUGAACACUUGCUGGGCCCAGUUUCCAGACCCACCCGAUCCAUCGACUCUUGAUCGAACCGACGAGAACAUUUUACAGAAAAACUUACUCAGCAUAGAAUGUGGGAAGAAGUUGAACGAAGCCUUGAUGCUGCAUCAUAGGAAGAGAAACUGCCCUGAUCCCAGCAGUCCCAUCUUAACUUCGCCCAAGCUUGAAACCAGAACUUCAAGGAAAUUUGGCAAGAUCGAGGAAAAACCAAAAACCAGCACGGUUCCAGUAAGGUACACCCAGGAGUUGUCUCAAGCCGAUCAGAACGAUGGCCAUUUCCGGUCUUUGAAGGUCUGGGUGGUUGCUCUAUGGGCAUUUUCUGGUUUGGGAUUUGUGGUAGUCAUGACCAUGGUGUUUUCAGGUCGUAAAAGUAAGGGAACGAAAGGUAAAAGCAGUAGAAGUAGGAAGAGACAUUCGAGUCAAGAUAGUUGGACAUGA